UUCCCCGGUCGUCAGUGGGUGGGGAGGCUUCUCCCAGCUGGGAAGUAUGACCUAAUGGAAAACUCUGGCUCCCCCCUCACCCCACUCCCUCGCCUGUUCCCAAUACCCCAGGACUUCCAGUUUCAUCUUCCUGCCCCCUCCAGACUGAAACCAGCCCCUUCAGGCCCCACUCGGCACUAGUGAUUGGGCCUGCCCACCCUCAGGGAGGUGCCUCAUGGCAGCCCGCCCACCACCACCCCCUAGGCCUGGUUUCCUCAGGAAAAGCCUUGGGAGGAAACAGGGAGGGGGUUGGGGCUGUGGGGGCCAGGCUCACUCAAACCCUCUCACUGCACUGACCGCCAUGGGCCUGCGGCUGCUGCUCCCACUGCUACUGCUCUGGACUCAGAGGACCCAGGGGUCUGAGCUGGACCCUAAUGGGCGGCAUGUCUGCGUGGACAACAGCCCCUCUGCUGAGCUCCAGUGCUGCCCAGGCUGGAGGCAGAAGGAUCGAGAAUGCACCAUUGCCAUCUGUGAGGGACCCGAUGCCUGCCGGGAAGACGAAGUAUGCGUGAAGCCAGGCCUCUGUCGAUGCAAACCUGGCUUCUUCGGGGCCCAGUGCAACUCCCGCUGCCCGGGCCAGUACUGGGGCCCCGACUGCCGGGAGAGCUGUGCCUGCCACCCCCAUGGCCAGUGCGAUUCUCUUCCCACCAGCUGUGGCCACUGCGAGCAGAAUGAGCCGUGCUCUGCCGACACAGGCAGCUGUAAGUCCUGCGAGCCGGGCUGGAACGGGACCCAGUGCCUCCAGCCCUGCCCACCUGGUACCUUCGGUGAGAGCUGUGGACAGCAGUGCCCCAAGUGCAGGCGUGGGGAGGCCUGCCAGCCAGACACUGGGCACUGUCUGAGCUGUGACCCUGGCUGGCUGGGGCCCAGGUGUGAAGACCCCUGCCCAAGUGGCACAUUUGGGGAGGGCUGUGGCUCCACCUGCCCCACCUGUGUUCAGGGGGCUUGUGAUGCUGUGACUGGGGAAUGUGUCUGCAACGCUGGCUACUGGGGACCCAGCUGCAACGUCUCAUGCCCAUCUGGCUUCCAUGGAAACAACUGCUCUGCUCUCUGUGAAUGCCCGGAGGGACCCUGCCACCCUGUCUCUGGGGCCUGCCAGCUGGGGUCUCACAGUCAGGACGCCACCCUCAUCGCUGGCAUCCUUGUGCCUCUGCUGCUGCUCCUCCUGGGCAUUGCCUGCUGUGCCUGCUGCUGUUGGGCUGCCCGGUUGGACCCCAAGGACAGGCCAGCGAGCGAUGGAGCUGCUGUGUCCAGGAAGAAGCUCCAGGUCUUGUGGGAGACACUGACCAGCCUGAGCUUCGCGCUGCCCUGCAGGUCCCUCAGCAGCCACAAGCUUCCCUGGGUGACAGUCUCCCACCACGACCCGGAGAUCCCCUUCAACCACAGCUUCAUUGAGCAGCCCUCUGCGGGCUGGGCCUCAGACGACUCCUUCUCUUCUGAUUACGACUGUGGAGAAGAGGAUGAGGACCCUGCCUACUGCGUCCCACCCCAAGAAGGGAUGGUCCCUGUGGCCCAAGCAGAGUCACCAGAGGCCAACCUGGGUGAUGGUCCCUUCCCUCCCCCUGAGGAUGCCUCCACCCCAUUCGCUAUCCCACGCACGUCCAGCCUAGCACGGGCCAAGCGACCCUCGGUCUCCUUUGCUGAAGGCACCAAGUUUGCACCGCAGAAUCGCCAAAGCUCUGGGGAGCUCUCCAACCCGCUCCGCAAGUCCAAGCGGCUCUCCCGGGGUGGCCAGCCAGGCCCUGAAAGCCAGGAGGCUGAGGAGUCCACGGGCCCUGAAAAAACGGAAAGGGACAAGGCCCCUCCUGGGGCACCCAGCCCCAAGGAUUCAGCCACGGGCCACCGCCGGCUCCCACUUGGUGGCCGGACCGUGGCUGAGCGCGUGGAAGCCAUCGAAAGCAGUGUCCAGGAGAGCUCAGGCUCCGUAACCACAAUAUACACCUUGGCAGGGACACCCCGGGAAUCUGAGGGCCCGGUCCGGUCUGUCCUCCGCCGUUUCGGUAGCUUCCAGAAAGGCCAGGCAGAGCCCAAGGUCAAGAGUGCCAUCCCCAAGCCUCCACGUCGGGCAUUGAGUCGGAACAAGGGCAGACCCGGGCAGGCCUCUGGCUCUGCCAGUCAGAGCCCGGGCCCAGCCCCCAGUGAGGAGCCCACUGGGGCCUCGCAGCCUGCAGGAACUGGGCCAGAGGAGGUGGCCAGUGGGCUGAGGGAUGGCAUCAAGAGCUCAGGGAGGGUCCAGGAGCUGGGCCCCGGUGGCCCCCCAAAACAGGAUCCCCAGAAGCUGGCUGACGAGGAAGGGCAGGAGGAGCCCCAGUAUGAGAAUGUUGCACCCAUCUCUGGGCCACCAGAGCCCUGAGGACUGAAUUUGGGGAGUGGGAAGGCUAUGGAUAGGGGGUAGGCAUCGAACUGCCUCUGCAUCAGAUUGUCUUUUGUGCUGGAAAAAGGUCCCAGGGCCAGGAAAGACCUCCCAGAACCUCUGCCCUUGGUGGGGAAACAUCUGAGGUAGAGGCGAGUUGGCUCUGGGCCCUGGCGGUGUUCCAGGGAAGGUCUGGAAGGCCUGGGCAGAGACCCCACGGGAUGGGGUCAGGAAGGGGAACGAGACGGCUGCAGGAACUUUUUUCUGUUGUCCUGGACUUUGCUUACCCCAAAAGGCUAUUCUUUCCUUCAUUUGCAAAAUAUUUUUCUAAAAUGGAAAACAACCUAAAUGUUUGAUGAUAAAAGAUUGGUUAAAUAAAUAUUUUUUUUGAUAGGCUCCUAAACAACCACGAAAGAUUGUUGUGUAAGAGAGCAAGAGAGAAACAUUGAUGCGUUGCCUCCCACAUGGGACCCCGACCAUGUGCUCGUACCCACAACCUGGGUAUGUGCCCUGACCAGGAAUUGAACCCGCCACCUUCGGUGUAAGG